CAGGGUUUCAUCAUAGCCUCCACUCACUGGCAAUCAUUGGGGUUUCCGAUUCGCAUUUGAGUGCAGGGCAUGAAAGACUCAUACUCUGCAGUAAUGUGAUCGGAUCGGAUCUGAUAUCAUAGCUUCAUCAUUGACCCAUGUUGGACGGCGAAAAGUGACAUCAGAUGGAACCACCACUUCAGUGCAUCGAACCUAUAUAACCCCUCUUGCAAUCGACAGGUGAAAAGAAUAUGACUUGAGCUCUCCAGGAUAAUCCAUAACGCAAUCAAACCAUCUUAUCUUUUACGACUCCCACACUAUUUGCAACGCUUUUUCUCGCUUUCCCCCCUUCCAGUUUCAAACCAACAAACCGCUACAAUGUCUUCUCCUCACCGCGGCGGCAGACUUGAGGAUAUGGCCCCGACCGGUACCUCCAUUCCCAAUGACGCCGGUAUCCAGAACACUAUCCCUUCCGUGCCACGCCCAGACCAAAUGGCUGAGAACAGCGGCUUUGACAACUACGGCAUCGGCCAGCCCACCUCUGCUUUCGCGGCGGACAACUCCACCGACAUGCCUCGCAGUGCCCGCGACAUGGGCGCCACUGGCGAGGUUCUGACUGGUACUGGCAACUCCUUCCCCGCCGAGGGCGAGUCUAAGCGUAACUUCAUCGGCAACCAGCACCCCGGUGCUAAGGGCCACGGUCGCGAUCUGAAGCACCGGAACUUGAACCGCAGUGCCUUCGAGCGCUUUGGCGCCGAGGAGGAUGAUGCUGCAGGUGAACACCAGAUCCGGAACGAGUAGAGUACCUGAUCGUUCUCUUUUUCGUGUUCUGCUUUCAAAAAUGACAGGUCGCGGCUGGUAUGCGACUUAAUGGACAGCAAGUUUUGACAGAAUGAAUCAAUGUAUGAUAGAUAUCCGAUGGAUGAUGUGAGCUUUCGGCCGAAAGCUUUGUAUAAUGAACAUGAUCAUAAUGCCACAGAAGUUCGCGAGU